UCAUCAGGUCCCAACUAGUUGAAUUCUUUCUUCGAGACUGUAAACAACAAAAUUCCAAGCGUUGAGCGAAGUUGAGUCAUUGAAUUCCUGUGAAUCCCAGAGAUAGUCUGUGAUUAUCAACAUAAUUUUUCGCGGUUAUUUUGCAGUAUAAAAAUAAAUUUUUCAUAUUUUACCAUCACUUAAAGUACUGACGAUGAGCAUGGAUAAUGAUGAAAAUUUUCUGAAGAACUCAGCCGGUGCUGAGGAUGUAGUGGACGGUGUAAUGACAUCGUGUUUCAAGCGUGUCGAAAAAAAUGAAGAUGAUGAGGAUAUCGAGGAAUAUCAGAAGAGGUUCAACGAAGAAGUGGUUAUAUCAAAAACUAGAAAAUUUGAUGAAUAUUAUUCCAUGAAUUAUCCUCGUAAAGGAUAUUUAUUGAUUUUCGCCCAUUCUGAAUUCAUUUUUGGUAAUCUUACGGACAGGUACGCUGAAUUAGAUGUGAUUUCAAUGACGAAAACAUUUUCCAAGCUGGAUUUCGACAUAAUGCCAUAUAGAGACUGUACUUUGAAUGAGAUCAAAAGUAUCAUGAAGAAAGUUUCAUCAAUGAAUUUCAAUGAAUAUGCUUGUUUCGCUAUAGCGGUAAGUUCACAUGGGAACUUCCAUCAAAUAGCAUCCAAAGAUACGAACUACGAUCCAGCGGAGGUAUUUUACGAACCGAUAAAGGAAAUCAAGACGUUGUUUGCAAAACCAAAGAUAUUUUUCAUAGGAGCUUGUAGAGGCUCUAAAAUUGACCAAGGAAUUACACUUCUGAGCCCAGUACAGACGGAUGGAGGACAUCUUGAAGAAUAUAGACUACCAAAAGCAGCGGACUUCUUAAUUAUAUACGCAACUGUUCAAGGUUACAUUGCCUACUCCAACGAUAGGGUAGGAUCUCAUUUCUUCAAGUAUCUGACUGAAACAUUGAUUGAGUAUAUCGAUCAUGAUCUAUUGACUAUUUUGAUAUUUGCGAAUCAAAAUAUGGCAAUGAAUUUCACAUCAUCGUCUACAAAAUAUCGCUUCCUCGACGAUAAUAAACAAUGCAUGAGUUUCAUGAGUACCCUCACUAGGAAAAUAAAAUUCGUAAAAAAAUAAUGAACAGGCGGGAUCAGAGGUGAAUCUAUAAAUGCAUGUGGAAUAAAAUCGUGUUAUUUCAAAUUCUCAAAAGGCAGUAAAUAAUCUGGAGAUUAGUACACAGAAAACAACUACUAAGGGGAGCUACAUCUCAUUUUUUAGGAAACAGAUUUGGAUAUUUAAGGAUCUAACACGUACCUACUGGAAAAUGGAAGACUGUUUAAAAUGAACAAAUCAUUCAUUCAAGAAAUAAACGAAUAUGAAACGAAAUCUAAAAUUAUUUCAAGAAAAAUAAUGUGUUGCUCCAGUUCAACUGAUGAGAGUUUAUCACUUCUGACAUCAAAUGCAAAGUCAUCGAUCAUGAGUUUGAAUUCACUUCUGAAACGAAUGUUACUCCUUACCUUACGGAAUUAUCUCUCUGGGGCAGGACCAAAACAACGAACAGAAAGUUCCUCAAGUGUAAUGAUAAUUUUGUAUUGCUACGAAGUGACUCUAGGAGAUGAUAGAACACGUUGAU